AGAGAGUCGAUGAGAGAGAGAGAAAAGGUGAAAUUUAGUGUUGGAUGAAAAUGGUUAGUUGAUAAUGUUGACUGAAAAUGAUCAACAGAAGGUAAAACAAGAAUGAAUAGUUCAUCUGAUUCUGUGAGAUUAUCAUGAAAAAAACAACAUCAUUGCUAUCAGCAACAUCAACAUCAUCAUCAACAAUACCAGAUCAACAUCAGAACAUCAUUGAAUAAUUGUUUUAGUGCUCUUAAUAUUUAUAUAUAAAAAUAUAUAUUGGAUUAUGAGAUGAAUUGAAACAAGAAAAAUUAUGAAUGAAAUGAGUUUUUCGUUUUUCUCUUUUCCUUUCUUUUCCAUCGUUUUUUCCAUCUUUCCUAUUCUCGUGGUUUCAUAAUUUAUUCAACCAAUCAACUAACAUCAACCCAUCUUUACCCAGUCAAGGUACAUCAACAAACGUCAAGCACACAUACACACAACGUUCUGAUAAAGUCCUUGGCUACGUUCAAAGUUUUUUUUCCUUUCUCUUUCUGUCUCUUCGCUCUGUGCAGUUUUGUGUUCAUUUUUUGCCAUUCAUUGAAAUCGGAUUAAUUUUUUUGUGCAUCAAAUCAUCAAAUCAUCUUUGUUCCCAUCUUUUCUCAUCACCAUGUCCAGUGGAACCUUUUCACCUUAUCUGAACACAACUCUUCACGGUAUUCACCAUCAUCAUCAUGAUCACAUGCAAGUGCCUGCAAGUCAAUCUUAUGGUCGUGAUGUGCAAACAGAACUUAAAUACAUGGCUGCUGCCGUUCAACAUAAUCAGGGUCCCAAUGGUCAUGCACCCUUAAGUGCUCACCAUCAUCAAUGGGCAACCAUGGGACUUGCACCUCCCCACCACCAUACAACUGAACCAUGGAGUGGAAUGCAUAGUUCACUAGCAGCAGCUCACAACCAAGCCGCUUCAGCGGUAACAGGGUCCUCUUCCUCUUCCUCCUCAUCAUCUUCAUCUUCGGAUAUUAAACCCAAUGGAACCAAUAACGGCAACAGUGAAAGUGGUAAUAAUAGCACGGGUAGAGGAGGAAGCAAUGGACGUGGCUCUGCAGGAGCUGAGAACAUUGGAAAUAACAAUUCAUCCGGAAGUGCUUCUAGUAAUAGCAAUGGUAACAAUUCAUCAAAUAAUAAUGGUUCAGGUCAAACUUCUAGUGAGCUUCAUUUAAGUAAUUUGCACGCACAUCACCAAUCCAUAGCCACAGCAGUAGCAGCUCAACACAUGAACACCUCACCCUGGCAUCAUACUUCAUCCCUUCAUGCCUCACCUUCUGCGGUUACAGUCCACGGUAUGGCUGUGGCUGCUGCUGCAGGUCACCACACUCCACAUUCAAAUGGUUCCUCACCCUUGAGCCAUCAUCAAUCCCAUGUUCCUUCUCAUCAUCAUCCUCAGCAUCAUCAUUAUCCCAUGAAUAGUAUGUUUGUCCAUACGGGAACAGGAAACGGCCCUCAAACGAGACCCUCUCCUCACCCGGUACUCCAUCCAGCCAUGAGGGGAGACCAUUCCUUGUCCAGUUUAUCUGAUCUUUCGGGACACGAUCGACCCACCCUCGGAGGCCUACAUCAUCAUCAUCAUCACACUGAUCAUCCUCACCUUCGCCAUCCAGGAUCAAUUGGUUCACUGGGCUCCUCUGGUGUAGGAGGUGGCGGUGGUGGUGGUGGUGGCGGUUCAGCUGGUGAUGGAUCGGGAGAAGAAGAGACGCCGAGUUCAGAUGAUCUUGAACAGUUUGCGAAACAAUUUAAACAGAGACGCAUUAAACUCGGCUUUACUCAGGCCGAUGUUGGCCUUGCCCUAGGAACCUUGUAUGGAAAUGUUUUUAGUCAAACCACUAUUUGUCGAUUUGAAGCGUUACAGUUAAGUUUUAAAAAUAUGUGCAAAUUAAAGCCGCUUCUAGCUAAAUGGUUAGAGGAGGCCGACUCAACUACAGGGUCACCAACUUCAAUUGAUAAGAUUGCCGCUCAAGGAAGGAAACGUAAAAAGCGAACCUCAAUUGAAGUAUCAGUGAAAGGUGCGCUGGAAAAUCAUUUUCAUAAACAACCUAAACCUUCUGCCCAAGAGAUUUCCAAUUUGGCCGAAAACCUUCAACUAGAAAAGGAAGUGGUUCGAGUUUGGUUUUGUAAUCGAAGGCAAAAAGAGAAACGAAUGACACCUCCAACAGGUCAACUAGGUCAAGAUAUGAUGAUGUCCCCACAUGAUGGGCUUCAUGAUUCACCUCCUCUUCACCAUCAUUCACACAGUCCACUUCACUCACCUCCUGGCCACGGGAAUGGAGCUAAUACAAUGACCCACGGACAAAGUUUAACAGCUCACUGAUUGAUUAUUAAUUAUUAUCAUUAUGAAUAAUAUUAUAUUAUUACAAUUAAUAUUAAGAAAAAAGCAACACUUCGCAACACCACAAAAGACAUGAUAAAUGUUGUAUAAAAAAAUAAUUGAAACAAGAUGAAGAUGAAAUUACCAAAUCAAAGAGGGCCUGUUCUCUCUCUAUCUCUCACAUACAUACAAACACAAUUGAUCCCUCAAAGACGAUCUCUCGCUAACCUCAAACAAACAAAAAUUGACACAAAAAAUGAACUUUAAAAACGAACGGAAUCAAAAUGAUGUUUCCUAAUCUUUAAUCUUUAACCUCAUCAGAAU